GCCGCCCCCGCUGCCGGCCCUGCCCGCCGCCUGCGCCCGCAGCCCCGCGCGCGCCCGGCUGGCGCCGGCCUCCCCGGACGGUUUAGAAUGUAAUUCAAGAAUUCUAUAAUACAACAAAGUAGCUUAACACCUGUCUAUGUGCUUCCCAUGGUAUGUUCUCCAUAUUAAAAAAUUAUGACCUCAGCAUCCAAAGGAAUUCUCCGCCCAUUUCUAAUCGUCUGCAUUAUCCUGGGCUGCUUCUUGACCUGUCUGCUCAUCUACAUGAAGCCCACCAACAGCUGGAUCUUCAGUCCCAUGGAGUCAGCCAGCUCAGUGCUCAAAAUGAAAAAUUUCUUCUCCACCAAAACCGAUUAUUUAAAUGAAACCACUAUUCUGAUUUGGGUGUGGCCAUUUGGGCAGACCUUUGACCUGACGUCCUGCCAGGCAAUGUUCAACAUCCAGGGAUGUCACCUCACAACAGACCGUUCCCUGUACAACAGAUCUCACGCAGUUCUGAUCCACCAUCGAGACAUCAGCUGGGAUCUGACGAAUUUACCUCAGCAGGCGAGGCCGCCCUUCCAGAAAUGGAUCUGGAUGAAUUUGGAAUCACCUACUCACACACCCCAAAAGAGCGGCAUUGAGCACCUGUUCAAUCUGACUCUGACUUACCGCCGUGACUCGGAUAUCCAAGUGCCUUACGGCUUCUUGACGGUGAGCACAAACCCCUUCGCGUUUGAAGUGCCAAGCAAAGAGAAGUUAGUGUGCUGGGUUGUAAGUAACUGGAAUCCUGAGCAUGCCAGGGUCAAGUAUUACAAUGAGCUAAGCAAAAGCAUUGAAAUCCAUACCUAUGGGCAAGCAUUCGGAGAGUAUGUGAAUGAUAAAAAUCUGAUUCCUACCAUAUCUACUUGCAAAUUUUACCUUUCCUUCGAAAACUCAAUCCACAAAGAUUACAUCACAGAAAAGCUCUACAAUGCUUUUCUGGCUGGCUCUGUACCUGUCGUUCUGGGGCCAUCUAGGGAAAACUAUGAGAACUAUAUUCCAGCAGAUUCAUUCAUUCAUGUGGAAGAUUAUAACUCUCCCAGUGAGCUAGCAAAGUAUCUUAAAGAAGUCGACAAAAACAAUAAGUUAUACCUUAGUUAUUUUAACUGGAGGAAGGAUUUCACAGUAAAUCUUCCACGGUUUUGGGAAUCACAUGCCUGCUUGGCUUGUGACCAUGUGAAAAGGCACCAGGAAUAUAAGGCCGUUGGCAAUUUAGAAAAAUGGUUUUGGAAUUAACGUUUUCUGUCAUUUGCACACUUGGCAAAAUUAUUUUGAUGCAGUGUCAUCCGGGUUUCAAGGAUGAGAAGAAAGACAACAUUCUGCUUUUGUGCCACAAUUUAUUUGUAUCACUCUCUCUUGGACAACAUGCUUAUUUUGAAGAGAGAUUUUUAAGAGCUCAGCAUUAGCAAUCACUCCAUUUGGUUAUAAAUUAUCCUGUAUAUACCUAAUUAUGUGCACUGAAAAAAUAAUUUAUUCUUCACUACAAUUUGUAAACAUUCUUUUUUCACAUUUUUGUAGCUGUGUGUAAUGUAAGUUUGUGAUACGAUUUCAUUUCUACAUCAAUCUGCUGUUUAAUCUUUGGAAAACGAAGACGCACGUCUUAGUAUAUGAAAUAUUUUCACUAAAUAUUAUAGUCUCUUGUUCCAAGUUUGCAUACUGCAACAAAGGAAAGGCGUUUGUAAUUGAAUUCUAACCUCUUUGACUUCGAAGUUGAACAAAGUGUACAGCUGUCGCUAUUUGAUCUGUUUUUACCUGUCUACCACAUUUGUGAAGGCAGAGUUACUCACAUAGUAAAUAAGAUAGGGAGGCAGAACUGUUCUAUUCAGGAAACUAUAGCCUUCCCAUUUAUUUCUACUAAGCUGACUUGCAAAUGUAGCCACUUGCUCUCAUGAUCCUAAGUUAUAUUAUUUAAGAAUUUUAAAAUGUCAAACUUGUUGGGAUUUUUAGUACCUGGGAAAUAAUCCUAGUAACACUUAAGAAAAUCUGAGACAGUUCUCUUCCUGAUCUUGAUAGCACUAUUUUCGUAAUGAUAACAAUUAUUUCCUCAAGUAACAAAGGAAAAGACACAAAUGUAUAGAUAUAAAUCAUAUUUAUAAAUGGUACACUUAUGUGCAAUUUUGAAUAACAUAUCAAUUUAAAAUAUUUUCUUCUCUAGCCCCAAUAUUUAAGUUGCAUUCACCAUGUGGACAAAUAAAUAGACAACACUGGAGAGGUCUGUGCUAUCAUAGAAAAGAACCUAAGUAAAAUUAUCAUCACAGUUUUAAAUAUAAACUGUUAAGCAUAAUAAAGUGGAGAUCUAUAGGAAACACACAAUGCUAACACAGAGUAAGAUCUCAGGACACAUCUGUUGAAUGAACCAGUGACUGGCAUUGGAAGUCAUGUGGAAGUUGAGUUUCUGUCAAUGAAGUGACAGUUCUAGGCUAGAGGUACUAACUGGAGAUGAUGUUUUAAAUUCCAUUUAGUAAUUAUUCAUAUAUAUAUAUAGCACAUACAUCCAUGGCCCUCAGAGCUUUACAGAGCCAAAUUGUCAUUAUACUAAGUUUGGGGAGAAUUCAUCCCUGAACUCACAGUUGCUAUACAGCAUUUCUCCAUAAAGCAAAGGGCUGGAUAUAAGAGAGAAUAAUAGAUGAGAAAAAAUGGGAUGCUAAGGAUUCUUCAAGGAAAACAUUCCCCGAAAGAAUCUUUAAUGACUUUAUUCCACUCAGGCCAAAUCCCAUCAAAGGAAUUAGAAUGUUCUGAUGAUAUCCAUUUGGGUCUACUUGCAACUUAUUCUAAUAGCCCUAUUACAUGUAAACAGCAGAUCUCAAAUCCACAAUCGUCUACAUCAAAUGGAAGUUAGAGAAAAAGGUACAUUUGGUUCAGUAGGAGGUACACCCUACAAUCCAGACUGCCCUGUGAGGAUGAGCUCUCUGGAGCACUAGGAGGAUUUGAGCAGAGGGAGAUUCCUGCACUGGACAGAGGUUUGUCUGAGCCUCUUGUUCAUUUCCUUCCCCGUGAUUGA